AUGCACUGGAUAUCACUAGGACUACCGACGCUGCUCCUGGCCUCGCUAGCCGCAUGCGACAGAUCGCAAAAACCACCGGGCAAAGAUGCAAUCCUCUUAUCCAACGUCAAAACCUUAACACUACGCGGCAACCGCGAAACAACCUCUCGGCGUGUGUCUCCCAUCCCCCAGCUGAGCUGUGUCGGCCCUUCCAAGAGAAUAUGCGAUCUCUACCAAAUUGAUAUAAUGCGUUGCACGAAUGAUGGCUAUGACUACGAUGCCGAAGAUGUACAAUGGACAUGUACAGCCUCACUGCCGCCCGAGUUCAAGCUCGGUGCAACGGACGUCGUUUGCGAAGGGUAUCGGAGUUCAGAAGAUAAGUGGGUGCUUAAAGGUAGCUGCGGUGUUGAAUACCGUAUGCUCCUGACGGAUCAAGGGGAGAAGAGGUUUGGAAAGGCUACUGAUGACUACGAGUGGUCCUCCUUGUUUGGAAACACAAAGAAGACAUCGGGACGUGGCUGGAAGAAGGCGGUGGAGACUGUUGGAGACGUCCUGUUCUUUGGUUUCUUCGCUGCCGUUUUUCUAUUCAUUGCUGGACGGUUCCUUUUUGAAUGCCUUGGUCUACGGGGGAAUCAAAGAGGCAGGACUACUGGACGGAGAUGGGGAUGGGGAGGAGGCGGCGGCGGAGGUGGUGGUGAUGGCCGUGGUUAUCCAGGGCCUCCACCUCCCUACAGCAGCUCCUGUGCUGAUGACAGCUCCAGCUUCGGAUUUGGAAGUCGACCUGCAACGCAGGGCUGGCGACCGGGUUUCUGGACGGGAGCAAUGGGUGGCGCUGCAGCGGGAUAUGAAAUGGGCCGCCGUGCUGGUAAUAAUAACCAUGCCUCGUCUCGACAAGGAGGAUCAUUUUUCGGUCGACAAAAUAAUUACGACGCUGGAGAGAGCAGCUCGCAGACACGUUCGUCGCCCUCGUUCUCAACCACGUCAACCAGCACUGGGUUUGGGUCGACAAGACGUAGGUAG